CCAGGCAGGACUUCUUCUCUUGUUAAGCAAUGCAUUUCAAGGGAGGAGGAGGAAACUUUGUCCUGCUCAUUUCACUUUUUUUUUUUAUUUUUAUUGCACCAGCUGACGGGGUGUUUUUCAUUUGAAAGAAAAAAAAAGUGUUCAUCAUACUUGAAUUUUGCUUGAAUUUACUGAACAGCAAGCUUACAUUGGAAUCUGGAGGUGUCGGGAGAGGAGUGAACUGAACUUCUUAGGUGUCAAAACUAACAAGGAAAAGGCAGAAGGCACUAAGAUCAAAUAAAAUAGAUAAUAUGCUGUAAAAAACAUAACCUGGCAAGGAGCAUCAUGAAAGUAACAAGAAUAAACAACAAAUGAACAAUCUAGCUCAAAAUUUCUGAUUUUUGAGCCAAUUUUCGCCAUAUUGACUACCUUAAAGAAGAUUUCACAAAAGCUGUUUUCUGGUGCAGCAAUAAAAUCCUUUGAUUGAAGAAAGCACCAUUUCAUUGAAAAUGGGUGAGAAGCAUUUGCUGAAAAGCAGACUUUGCUUGUGCUUAACAAUUCUGGCACACCUUCUACAUGCCACAACUGAGGAAUCCACACUGCAGACUGGAGGGGGAAAUGAAAAGCAAUCAGAUGAGAUAUUGCUGCAGUCUGAUGAAACACUUGAGCACCAUCAAAGAGUAAAGAGAGGCUGGGUCUGGAACCAGUUUUUUGUUCUGGAAGAAUACACAGGAUCAGAGCCUUUGUAUGUUGGCAAGCUUCAUUCAGACAUGGACAGAGGGGAUGGAUCUAUCAAAUACAUCUUAUCAGGAGAAGGAGCUGGCACUAUGUUCACUAUAGAUGACAGUACUGGUGAUAUCCAUGCGAUCCAGAGGCUGGAUAGGGAAGUGAAAUCCCAGUAUAUUCUACGGGCUCAGGCACUGCAACGCCGCACAGGCAUGCCCUUGGAACCCGAGUCAGAGUUCAUUGUUAAAAUCCAGGACAUUAAUGAUAAUGAACCCCAGUUUCUGGAUGGGCCCUACACAGCAUCUGUACCUGAGAUGUCAGUGAUAGGUACCUCUGUUCUGCAAUUGACAGCUACAGAUGCAGAUGACCCCACUUAUGGAAACAGUGCCAGGGUUGUCUACAGUAUCCUACAGGGACAGCCUUACUUUUCUGUGGAGCCCAGAACAGGCAUCAUCCGAGUGACUCUGCCAAACAUGGACCGGGAAGCCAAGGAGCAUUACGAAGUGAUUAUACAAGCCAAAGAUAUGGGCGGACAGCUGGGAGGCUUAGCUGGGACUACAACUGUCAAUAUCACCCUUAGUGAUGUCAAUGAUAAUCCACCACAAUUUGCACAGAAGCUGUACCAGAUGAGUGUACCAGAGUCAUCCCCAGUUAGUUCCAUAGUAGGUCGAGUGAAGGCUAAGGACCUGGAUGAAGGGAUCAAUGCUGAAAUGAGAUACACCAUCAUUGAUGGGGACGGGAGAGACACGUUUGACAUCAGUACUGAUCCCACAAACCAAGUUGGCAUUAUAACCAUCAGAAAACCUCUAGACUUUGAAGGUAAGAAGAGCUACACCUUAAAAGUAGAGGGAGCCAACACACAGCUGGACCACCGUUUCCUGAGGAUGGGUCCGUUCAGUGACGUGACCAUCGUACACAUCAGCGUAGAGGAUGUAGACGAGCGCCCACAAUUUGAUUCCAAAUUCUAUUAUGUGGAGGUGCCUGAAGAUGUGGAGAUUGGUACCGUCUUCCAGACAGUCUCUGCCAAGGACCCAGAUGUGUCUAAUAACUCUGUGAGAUAUUCCAUUGAGCGGAACAGUGACCCGGGGAGAUACUUCUACAUUGACAUCACAUCAGGGGCUCUAAUGACUGCAAGGCCCUUGGACCGCGAAGAGGUCUCCUGGCACAACAUUACUGUUAUGGCUAUGGAAACGAACAACCCCACACAAAUUGGAAGUGUGUCAGUCACUGUGAAAGUCACAGAUGUUAACGACAACGCGCCAGAGCUGGCAAACUACUAUGAAGCCUUUGUCUGUGAAAACACUAAAGCUGGACAGCUGAUUCAGACAGUAACUGCCAUGGACCUAGAUGACCCACUCGGAGGUCAACAUUUCUACUAUAGCCUGGCACCUGAGGCAGCUAACAACCCUAACUUCACACUCAGAGACAACCAAGACAACACAGCCUGGAUAGUAACCCGGCGAGGAGGUUUCAGCCAGCAAGAAUGGAGUAUUUAUUACCUACCAAUACUCAUAUUAGAUGGGGAACAGCCUGUGCAGAGCAGUACCAGUACCCUGACGAUCCGCGUGUGUAGCUGUGACACACAGGGGAAUGCCAUGUCAUGCACUGCUGAGGCCUACACGCUUCCUGUUAGCCUAAGCAGAGGAGCUCUCAUUGCAAUUCUAGCCUGCAUUUUGGUGUUACUUGUGAUAAUCCUGCUCAUCCUGUCCCUGCGGAGCCAGAGGAAGAAGCCCUACCUGACAGACGUGGAGGAGAAUGUACAUGAGAACAUUGUGCGCUACGAUGAUGAAGGUGGCGGAGAGCAGGACACUGAGGCCUUUGACAUUGCUGCAAUGUGGAAUCCAAGAGAAUCUCAGGUGGUGAAGUUCAGGCAGGACAUGGUGCCAGAGAUUGAGAGCCUGUCCCGCUACGUGCCUCAGAACUACAUGGGGGACAGUAACGUUCACGGCUACGUGCUGGCCAAGCUGUAUGAGGCCGAUGUAGACCCCUGUGCGCCCCCCUACGACUCCUUACAGACCUAUGCCUAUGAAGGUGAAGGGUCCGUGGCGGAUUCUCUCAGCUCCUUGCAGUCUGUCACCACGAAUACCGACCAUGACUAUGACUACCUCAGUGACUGGGGGCCCCGCUUUAAAAAACUGUCUGACAUGUAUGGGGUUUCAGAGAUGGACAAUCCUUUAUGGUAGCCAUUUAGACUGGUUCUACAGUAUUUGACAAAUACCAACAGAAACUGUGCCCUUCUCUUUAUGAGAGAGUGUGAGUUCAUAUUGCUCAAGGAGUAUGCAGGAUUUCUAGUAUUGCAUCUAAUGAGACCAAACUCCUGUGCAAGAGAAAAAUAACAUGUGCUGUAAUGCUCAUUCACACUAACCUGGUAUUUCGGAUACAGAAGAACUUAGCAAUGUGCUGCUAAGAUAUUUUUAAGUAUUUUAAGUAUUGUGGUUGAUUGUAAGAUAGAUCGUAUAUUACUGGCCUAGACGGCCCAUCCUGUACAUUUAAAAUGGGACUUUAUGGCAAGAAUCCCUUAUAGAUUGUAAAGAAAGCAUUACAUUUACAUUCUUCUCAAUGCCGGUGGUAUACAUUCGCAUGGUAAACAGUCCAAAUUCUAUGUACUUGCAAUAAUGAAUAUCUUUUUUUUUUUUUUUUUUUUUUUAAUUUAGGGAUGCACAUACGUUUCCUGCUCAUAUUUAUUGAAAUAUGUAUUUAUAUUUUAUAUAAAUUAUUGGAAAUAUUAGAGGCUCAUUCCUGUGAUUUUCAAAAAAAAUGUAAAUGCUAUGGUUCCAUCUAAUUAUGAUGUAGCUGUGUAAGAUAAGAUAGUUGUAAUGCAAGGGACGACUUUUUUAAUGUGCUGUAUUGCCUGACAGCCUUUAACUUCCCUGUUUUUUGGGAUUUUUUUGUUUUUUUGUUACUUAGCAACCACAUAUUCUUAUGCAAAUAGGAGCUCAAAAAUGUUAUAUUUACAUAAUGAAUCCAGGGCUCCCAUCUACUGAGCUACCCACAGAGGUGUUUACAUGUUCUGUAAAAAUGUUGAAAUAUAGUUUGCAGAAAGUUUACACUCACCAUGAACUCAGUAAACCACUAGUUGUGUGCAGUGUAUAAAUGGGAUUAAUUCAAACACAGGCGCUUCAGUUUAAUGGGAGGCAAAACAUGUACACGAAUGAUUGUAAAUUAAUAGACUGGCAUCUAACCUUAUCUGCAAAGUUAUCUUUGAGCCCUGAGUAGGAUGAGCAGACAUUGUUGUGGACUGUAUAGCUUUGAAACCAUUGAGGAUUUAAAAGAGCAGUUAAUUUGACGAUGUGCCAGUGCCAAAUGUAAAGUAAACCUUCUACAAGAGAAAGCCAAAUAUGGAAAGGAAAAAAUAUGUCGUACAGUAAGAAGGGCUCAGACCUGUUAUGUCUGUCUGUCUGAGCAAUGUUUACAGGGGAAACCUACUUGA